AAUCAAGUCGGUCUUCUCUUUUCGAGACUCUUCCAUUCGUUGCGUCUCCUGCAAACCCUAGGGUUUUGCCUUUCCCUUCCUUCUAUUUCUAAGGUUCUUACUUUGUAGGGUUUAGCGUUUUUCCCUACUUCCUGUAGUGGCUUCAGUUCUAUCGUACUCUCUUUUAUUCGUUUCUUUGUUCGAUUUCUUUCUAUUUCGAUCUGUGCUGGUAGAAGAUGGAUCAUUUUGGACCUGCUCGUAAGAGGGGGAGACCGGGCGCUGCUCUCAAUGGCAAUGGAGGACCUAAAAGAUUCAAGCAAGAAAUGGAGUCUUUUCCAACUGGUAUAGGAAGCAAAUCGAAGCCAUGCACCAAGUUUUUCAGUACUGCUGGAUGCCCCUUUGGUGAAGGCUGUCACUUCUUGCACUAUGUUCCAGGUGGCAUUAAUGCUGUCGCGCAGAUGACCAAUUUGGGUGGCAACCAAACUUUACCUCCCCCCUCAAGAAACCCAGUGGGCCCACCAUCCAUCCCUGAUGGUAAUUCACCAGUUGUGAAGACUCGUAUGUGCAACAAGUUUAACUCUGCAGAAGGUUGUAAGUUUGGGGACAAGUGCCAUUUUGCCCAUGGUGAGAGGGAGCUGGGAAAGCCAUAUGCACCUUCACAUGAUGACCCUCGAAUGAUGGGGCCGAUGGCAGGCAGGUUGGGAGGGCGAGUGGAGCCGCCUCCACCUGGUCUUUCUGCUGCAGCAAGCUUUGGUGCAUCCGCUACUGCCAAGAUCAGCGUGGAUGCUUCCCUUGCUGGAGCAAUCAUUGGAAAAGCUGGUGUCAACUCAAAGCAGAUUUGUCGGUUCACUGGUGCCAAGCUUGCUAUUAGAGAGCAUGAGUCGGAUCCUAAUUUGAGAAACAUUGAGCUGGAGGGAACCUUUGAUCAGAUCAAGCAAGCCAGUGCUAUGGUAAGGGAGUUGAUUGUAAACAUUGGUUCAACAGCUGGUGCCAUGAAGAUCUCUGGAGGUACCGCACCUCCUCCAGCAGCAAGCAAUUUCAAGACAAAGCUGUGUGAAAACUUUGCUAAGGGAUCAUGCACUUUUGGUGAUCGUUGCCACUUUGCUCAUGGAGCCAACGAUCUUCGUAAGCCAGCAGUGUGAGUGCUUUUCUCGUCUCUCAUCCUCCGUUGCAUUUUCCUAUGGAUGGCGACAAUUUCUUCAAAUCUAUAUUGUAGUUGUGAGAGCCCGGUAUGAGUAUUGGUAAUGAUGAGCAGUUUUUUUAGAGGAAAGAAAAUUUGACAACUAUUAACGGUAGUAAAGAUUUCAAGGUU